UCUGCAGCUGAAAUCGUGUUAAGGAGUUGCUUCUGGAACAGCUACAAGAGGCCAAUGUCUGUGUGUUUUCCAGGGAACGAAUACAGAACACUUUAUAUUCAGGAAUACAAGGAAAACAGCAAAGUGGAGUCAAGUACAUGCAGCAGCUUCAUGGGCUUGAAGGAUCAUCUGGGGCAUGAUUUAGGCCACCUUUAUGUGGGGAGCACUGGCACACAAAUAAAUGCAAUUGUACCUUGGUCAAUGGCGGAGAAGCCAACGAUGGAUAAGGUUAAUUCUAGGAAAGAAGAUGCAGACAAGGAGGCAUCAGAAGAGACUUCUGGAAGCUCCAGCUGUGACUCUGAAGAAAGCACAAAUUCUGAUAAUGAUUCGGAGAGACUGAAUAAUUCUGCAUCAGAAUCGCAUUUAUUGCCUAAGACUCACCGACAGCUGUGCCGAUCUCCUUGCUUAGAGCCUCAUAUUCUAAAAAGGAAUGAAAUCUUGCAAGACUUUAGGAUAGAAGAGGCUCAGAUAGUACCUAAGGAAGUCAAAAAGCCCCCUGAUGUGGUGAAAGAAUAUCAAACCAAACUGGAGUUUGCACUUAAGUUGGGUUACUCUGAAGAGCAGGUUCAACUUGUACUAAAUAAACUUGGUACUGAUGCUUUAAUAAAUGAUAUUUUGGGAGAACUUGUCAAACUUGGGAAUAAAACUGAGACUGAGCAGACUGUAACUAAUGCUAACACUAGUGUAAUGCGUGAAGCAUCCUCCAUAGAGUCUCAGAGGUCAGAGUCUCCACUGCAAGAGGAAGUGACAGAGGAUGGUGACAACUUGAGGCCAAUAGUUAUUGAUGGCAGCAAUGUUGCAAUGAGCCAUGGGAACAAAGAAGUAUUUUCUUGUCGAGGAAUCAAAUUGGCUGUGGACUGGUUUUUGGAAAGAGGCCACAAGGAUGUGACCGUGUUUGUGCCAGCGUGGAGGAAAGAACAGUCAAGACCUGAUGCUCUCAUCACAGAUCAAGAAAUCUUACGUAAAUUAGAAAAGGAGAAGAUUCUUGUGUUCACGCCAUCCCGCCGAGUGCAAGGGAGAAGGGUGGUGUGCUAUGAUGACCGAUUCAUAGUGAAGUUGGCUUUUGAGUCAGAUGGCAUCAUUGUUUCUAAUGAUAACUACAGGGAUCUAGCUAAUGAAAAGCCUGAAUGGAAGAAGUUCAUAGAUGAGCGCUUGCUGAUGUAUUCCUUUGUUAAUGACAAAUUUAUGCCUCCUGAUGAUCCUCUUGGUCGCCAUGGUCCAAGUCUAGACAAUUUUCUUAGGAAGAAGCCUAUUGUACCAGAACAUAAGAAGCAACCAUGUCCCUAUGGGAAGAAAUGUACCUAUGGACACAAAUGCAAAUACUAUCAUCCAGAAAGAGGGAAUCAGCCUCAGCGAUCUGUAGCUGAUGAACUUCGUGCCAUGUCUAGAAGCACAGCUGCCAAAACUACUAGUGAAGGAGGACUGGUAAAAAGCAAUAGUGUUCCCUGCAGCACUAAAAACGAUGGCACUUCUGAGCUGAAGCGCGCUACUCCAAAGAGGCAAUCGGAUCCUAGUAUAAGGACUCAAGUCUAUCAAGACUUGGAGGAAAAGCUUCCCACCAAAAACAAAUUGGAAACCAGGUCUGUACCUUCUUUAGUUAGUAUACCAAGUUCCUCUGCUGCCAAACCCCAAAGUACUGCACCUUUAACUAACGGCCUUCCAUCUGGAGUUCACUUUCCACCUCAGGAUCAAAGACCACAGGGACAGUAUCCUGCAGUGAUGAUGACAACCAAAAAUCACGGAACACCAAUGCCUUAUGACCAGUAUCCAAAAUGUGAGUCUCCUGUGGAUGUAGGGUAUUACUCUAUGCUGAGUGCAUAUUCAAAUCUAAGUGUAUCUGGUCCACGUAGUCCUGAAAGGCGCUUCUCCUUGGAUACAGAUUAUAGGAUAAGCUCGGUAGCUUCUGACUGCAGCAGUGAAGGAAGUGUCAGCUGUGGCAGUAGUGAUUCCUAUGUGGGUUACAGUGAUCGCUCCUACAUGAGUUCGCCUGACCCACAGCUAGAGGAGAACUUGAAGUGCCAACAUAUGCACCCCCACGGCCGCCUUAACACCCAGCCCUUCCUACAGAGCUACCAUGAGCCUCUCACACGAGUGCAAAGCUAUAGUCAUGAAGAACCAAAGCAUCACCACAAACCUCCAGUUCCAUACAUGGCUGUGCAUCUGCAGCAUCCAGCCAUCAGUGCUCGUUCCAGCUGUCCAAACGACUACUCUGCAUCUCAGAGUUCGUUGCAUGCAAAGACCAUGCAUCUGGGGAGAGCCCUUGUGUCCACGAGAAUAGACAGCGUUUCAGACUCACGUUUAUAUGAUAAUUCUCCAUUAAGACACAGAAAGCCUUAUUCUGGCCAAGAUGGGCUUGGAAGCUGGGAGAGGCAGAGUUAUGGGAUGGAUGCCUAUGGCUACCGCCAGACCUACUCCUUGCCGAGUAACCCCACACAGCCGUGCUACGAGCAGUUUGCCUUCCAAAGCUUGCCUGAACAGCAGGACCAGACCUGGCGUGUUCCUUACUGCGGAAUCCCUCAAGACCCUCCACGGCACCAAGACACCCGGGAGAAGGUUUACAUAAAUCUCUGCAACAUCUUCCCCCCUGAUCUGGUGAGGAUCGUUAUGAAGAAGAACCCUCACAUGACGGACGCUCAGCAGCUCGCUGCAGCCAUCUUAGUGGAGAAAUCUCAGCUAGGUUAUUGA